GAAGCCUGAACACCGAGGAAGACAAGCAGCAACCAUUUUUAGGGAAUAACAAAACAGCAAUGGAACUUGGGGUGUUUCGCAUCAUAAUUUUCUCAGACAGACCUCCCCCUCCGCCUCGUGUCAUUGGAGGCCAGCCGGCUUAUACCGUCCACCGGAUACUGGAUUCCCGCCGGGUGCAGCGGUCCUGGCAGUAUCUGGUGGACUGGGAAGGCUACGGUCCUGAGGAGCGCUCCUGGGUUCCUGCCAAAGACAUCCUGGACCCUGACCUCAUUCGUCAGUUCAGGGUCCUCCACCCUGAGAGAGCUGGUAGGAACGUCAGGAGCCGUUCCUAGGGGGGGGAUUCUGUCAGGAUUUGGCCAGGGUUGUUCCGGGUUUUGGUCAGUAGAUGUCCCCAUUGUGCUUUUUGUCCCUAUGUUUUUCCCUUGAUCCCCAUUAUUAUUUGCACCUGUGUCUCGUUUCCCCUGAUUGUAUUUAAACCCUUUGUUUCCCUCAGUUCUGUGCUCUGUGUUUGUAUGUUAGCACGUUCCUAGGGGGGGGAUUCUGUCAGGAUUUGGCCAGGGUUGUUCCGGGUUUUGGUCAGUAGAUGUCCCCAUUGUGCUUUUUGUCCCUAUGUUUUUCCCUUGAUCCCCAUUAUUAUGUGCACCUGUGUCUGGUUAAGUGACUGUUGGUUAAGUGACUGUUUCUCACUCCGGAGACCCAGGUUCGAAACCGGGUCCUGACAAGUUCCUAUGCAUUCCUAUCCUCCAUUUAAAGGGAUAUCAACGAGAUUCCUUUUUAUAUGGCUUCCCUAAGGUAUCAACAAUCUUUAGACAUAGUUUCAGGCUUUUAUUCUGAAAAAUGAGCGUGAAAGAUCACAUUGCGUUAGUGGAUAUUUGGGGGCGCUAUAGAAAAAACCUACACACCCAGUUGAUAUAUUAUCGAAUAUAUAUUUUAAAAACAACCUGAGGAUUGAUAAUAAAAAAACGUUUGA